AUGAAAAAACCAAGCCGUUGGUUGUGGGUUACGAUUGGUUUAAUGGUUCUCGUCUGGAGUCAAAUCCUGCCGGCGGAUGGUGCGAUGUCCCGCAAACAGUUGAUCAACUCGAUGGAUAUGAUGCGUUCGGCCUGUGCUCCCAAGUUUAAAGUUACCACCGAAAUGCUGGACGACCUGCGUAAUGGUGUAUUCGUGGAGGAUCGUGAGCUGAAGUGCUACACGCUGUGUAUCGCACAGAUGGCAGGAACGAUGAAUAAAAAGGGUGAACUUAAUAUCCAGAAAACACUCGCCCAACUGGACGCCAUGCUGCCGCCGGACAUGAAGGAAAAGGCUAAGGAAGCGGUCCAGGCAUGUCGCGAAACGCAGGGUCGUUACAAAGAUUCUUGCGACAAAACGUUUUACUCGACCAAAUGCCUCGCCGAGUACGAUCGCGAGGUGUUUCUCUUUCCUUAG